AUGGCUGUCCAGAUCUUUCCCUCCAUCAGCAACAAAGCCACAUUGUCAGAUGGCACGACUUACGCCUACAUUCGGGUUCCAGCGGACCACAAGCCAACCUUCCUGCUUCUUCAUGGGUUCCCUAGCUCUAGCUAUGACUGGCGCCACAUUGUCCCAAUGUUGACGGAGCAUGGGUACGGAGUCAUCGCCCCGGACCUGCUGGGAUAUGGCGACUCUGAUAAAUCAAAGGACUAUACAGAUUACUCUUUAAGCCUAGUCCGCCAUGAAGGUUUGAAUCAUGUGAUUGGCGUUGGACAUUUACUGGUAACAGUUGCUCACCCUACUCUGUUCUCUGCGGUUGUGUUCCUCGCAGUUGGCUAUUUUCCUCCAGGACGUAUGGACAUCGACGCUGCCAACUCCAUUGGCGAAAAGGUGCUCGGAUAUACGAAUUUCGGGUAUUGGUACUUUUUCAACGAGAAUACUGCAGGCAGUAUACCGAAUGCCGCCCCAGAUUCAUUAAACUCACUGCUCUAUUCCACCACAGCCGAGGAUUGGAAGACCAUUAUGGGCCCGGUUAGUAGUGCGAAGGUUGCACCUCCACCCUCUUGGCUCAGUCAAGAGGAGAGAGACACACACAUUCGCAUAUUUCAAAAGGGAGGGUAUACAGGACCUCUGAGCUGGUACAAAUCUUGUAUACGUGGUGUUGACGAACCGUUUUAUUCAAAAUUCGAAACCGAUGAGAGUAAGACUCUCGACUUCCCGGCAUUAGUGAUCACAGCCGAGUAUGAUUAUGUCUGCCAUCCUGAAUUCCAGAAACCGGCGGCGCAGAAGUAUUUGACUAAUGGCCGCGUUGAGCAGCUUCAAUGUAGCCAUUGGGUUCCAUUGGAGAAGCCUGCAAAGCUAUUCAAGUUGUUGGAUGAGUUUGCGAGUGGACUAUAG